GAUUCGAAAGACCAACAGCAGCUCCAACACCUCCACACAGCAACACACAUUCUGCAGGUCCUUCUACCAUACCGGUACUGUAGCACCGCCUCCACAGCACAGUACAACGAGAGGAGGAGGAAUCCAGCCAGCUACUAGAAGCUGGUAGUUGUGCAUUGUAUCAGGUGUCUUGUAGAAUGAGAGUGCCGUUUGCUCCCUUGCUUCAUCUCAUGGCUGCGGCAGUGAACAACAAUAACAACAACAAUCCACCCACAACAACCACAACAUCCACAAUGAACCGACUUGCCACGUUACGACCGUUUACACCGCCAAAAGACGAUGGCACGCCUCGCACCACCAGUCUGGAAGGACGCACCGAGGACAUGAACAAACUCUUUCAAGAUGGCGCGCCCUUGUCCAAGGCGGAACUGCAAGAUAUUCUCCAUUCCAUUCAAAAUGUGUGUCCAUCAUCCACUGAUAGUACUAGCACUGUUGUCGACCUGAAAAAACUCGAGUCCACACUCUCGGAUGUGGCGCACAUUUCCCACAAGGAUUGGACUGUCACCGAAGCCAAUUCGAAAAUCUUGGGCGAUAUUUUGCUGCCCGAUGGCAUGACGUCACCGGUCGCCCGACAAUUGUUGGAACGCAUUUUGAAGGAUGGAAAUUGGGAUGCUGCGGCCACACAUGCCAAGACACAUCACGAUAACAAUCUACCCUGGGCAGUGCUCGUGACGGGCGUCAACGGCAUUCGCAAAACCACCAGCAUCUAUCAAGACUGGUGGCCCAAGUUGCUGCAAGAAGCAUUGGUGCCACCAUCUACUGCUGAUAAGGAUGACGAGACUACUAAAAAACGCAAGAGCACGGAGGAAUUCCCCAUGGAACAAUUGCCGGCGGGAUCCAACAGUUUCUUUCGACAACUUGAUCACAUGAUUGCGACCUUGUGCAAUGAAGAUUUCAAGGCACUCUACGUGUUGACGGAAAAGGAACUCGAUAACAAAACAACAGAGCCCCCACCAGAGUUGGUCAAGAAAUACUCGGAUCUCAAAGCCGCCAUUUUCUCUCGCUACCGAACCCUGUCCGAACUAUUGGGCGCCAAACUCUUGCAAGAAGCACAAGCGCUCCAAUCGAAUUGUAUGAUGGAAACAUCGGGUCGCGAUGUCGCCAUGUUUCAUUAUGUCGAUCACUUUUUUGACGCGUCAAACUAUCACAAACUCGCCUUGCAUUUUACCAUUAACAAUCUCGCGCAAGCCCAAGAAUCGGUCGACAAACGCAUGAUUUCCGAGAUCCAAGCGGGCAUUCAAGCCUUGACCGACAAAGACGACUUUCAUAUUAUUUACGCCAAUGCCGGAGGACCGUACGGAUCGGAAGUCUUGCCGGGAGUGCAAACGGCAUCGGAUGCCGUCUGGAAUGAUAUCGUGCUCAAAAACAAAGAAGUGGGACAAGACUGGUACAAGGCCACCAUUGCCAUUACGGCACACCCAACCGAACCGUGGACGGCACAAGCCGUACGGCCCGAUGGAAGUCUGGGGACGGCAUUUACCUUUUCCAAUAAGAAUAAACAGUAACAUUGUUUUUGUAAAGAUGGACUGCUAGAGCUACCAUUCCAGUAGCUAGGUACUGCUACCAGUAGUGCU